AUGGAGUGGAGCACGGCGGAGAACGACAGGUUCGAGCGCGCGCUGGCCACGUACGGAGGCGACUCCUCCGGCCUCUGGGAGCGCGUGGCGGCGGCCGUCGGCGGCGGCAAGACGGCCGACGACGUGAGGCGCCACUACGCCCUGCUCACGGAGGACCUCGGCGACAUCGAGCGCGGCCGUUACGGCUACCCCACUGGCACUGGCGCCAACAACGCCAACCAUCGCAACAACGGCAGGAACAGGUAG